GCGCCGCCGGAGUCCGCGGUCUCUGUGGCCAUCGCCCGCAACUGCUAUGCUGCCCGUCGCUCUGCUCCGCCGCCCGGGCCUCCGCCGCCUCGUGCUCCAGGCACGCUGCUACGCCGAGGCUGCCGCUCCGGCCCCCGCCGCCGGCCCAGGGCAGAUGUCCUUCACCUUUGCCUCCCCGACGCAGGUGUUCUUCAAUGGUGCUAACGUCCGGCAGGUUGACGUUCCCACGCUGACCGGCUCUUUUGGCAUCCUAGCAUCCCAUGUGCCCACAUUGCAAGUCUUGCGGCCGGGACUGGUUGUGGUCCACGCAGAAGAUGGCACCUCCACCAAGUACUUCGUGAGCAGUGGCUCAGUCACAGUGAAUGCUGACUCCUCGGUGCAGUUGCUAGCAGAAGAGGCCGUGACGCUGGACAUGCUGGACCUGGGGGUGGCCCGGGCCAACCUGGAGAAGGCGCAGGCCCAACUGGCGGGUGCUGCGGAUGAGCCUGCCCGGGCUGAGGCUCAAAUCCUCGUGGAGGCUAAUGAGGCCCUGGUGAAGGCCCUGGAGUAGCCUAGUCGGCUGUUCCCCUGCGAAGCUGACCAGGGCUGCAGGGGCGUUGCAGGCGGCCUGAGCAACCCCGCUGGGCCACCAGAGGGCAGUGCAGGACCAGCUCGCUGGAGGCCCUGCCAGGUCACCUGGUAAUGUUUCACCCAUCCUCCAUAAGUGAUGGCACCCCCUGCCGAACCGAGCUGAUGCUGAUGCCUAAGACCCGGAGCCACCUGAACUGACAAGCUGUCCCAUUAAAGACCAGGAAAUGUG